CGUAAAGACCCUCCUCCCCCUCCUUCCCUCCAUCAUCAGCAUCAUCAUCAUCAUCUCCUCCCAUCCUCUUGUGGAGUGCGACGCGUUUUGAGAGAAUCUCUGACAUCCCGCAGCAAGCUGCAGCAGCUGAGCAGUGAUGAUGAUGAUGAUGAUGAUGAUGGGCCCUUUGGUGCCGGCUUCCUGCUAGCGGAGGAGCAGAGCGAAAGGAAAGAAAGCGGGAACCGACGUCCAAGACCCAACCUCCGCUGGCACCGGCUACUCCAGUGAGAAGGACAGCGAGGAAAGAGAGGACGAGCGAGGGAGCGUUACGAGGAGAGAGCGAGGGGGGGAGCGGCUGAGAACAGUCGAUGGAUGCUGUCCGGAUUGGACGGGCAGCACGUUCUUCACUGACGACGAAAGGAAAGAUUUCAAAAUUGAGUCGAAGGAUAGAAACUCGCCGUCAGGCAUGGUGUGUGAGAAGGGGAUCCAGAUCCUCCUCACCACCGUGGGGGCGUUCGCCGCCUUCGGCCUGAUGACGGUGGCCAUAGGGACGGACUACUGGCUGUACUCCCGCGCCCUCAUCUGCAACAGCACGGCCAACGUCACCCAGGACGACCCCCAUAACAAGGACAAGAAGGACCCGGGGGCUCUCACCCACUCUGGACUCUGGAGGAUAUGCUGCCUUGAAGGUGUAAAGCGAGGAGUGUGUUCACAGAUCAACCACUUCCCAGAGGACGCCGACUUUGACCACGACGGGGCGGAGUACGUCCUACGCGUGGUGAGGGCCUCCAACAUCUUCCCCAUCCUCAGCGCCAUCCUGCUGCUGCUGGGCGGCGUCUGCAUCGCCGCCAGCCGUUUCUACAAGAGCAAGCGCAACAUCAUCCUGGGAGCCGGGAUCCUCUUUGUGGCUGCAGGUCUGAGCAACAUCAUCGGCGUGAUCGUGUACAUCUCGGCGGCGCUGGGCGACAUCUCUCCAAAGAAGGACGAGGACAAGAAGUGGCAGUACUCGUACGGGUGGUCCUUCUAUUUCGGGGGUCUGUCCUUCAUCAUGGCGGAGAUGGUGGGCGUGCUGGCAGUCAACAUCUACAUCGAGAAGAACAAGGAGCUGCGCUGCCGCUCGCGCACCGACAUCUUCAAGAGCACCACGCACGCCAUGCUCCGCCUGCCCAGCUACCGCUUCCGCCGCCGCUCCCGCUCCUCCUCGCGCUCCACCGACCCCUCCCGCUCCCGAGACCCUUCGCCUGUGGGGGGCGGCGGCGGGAAGAACUUUGGCUUACCCCCGUCGGCGCUGCUGUCCCAGGGGCCCAUCUCGGUGUCCACGUUGCCCAACCCGCACUCGCGCUCCCACACGGCCCUGGCAGGGGGCGACAUCUCCCUCUACACGCUGUCCCGAGACCCCAAGCUCGGGGGUCUGCCGCCCAUGUACGGGACAGUGGACCGGGCCACCCUCUACCAGCUCCACAACUGCUUCCCCAAGGACGGCGGCGGUGGCGGCGGAGGCGGAGGGGGGGUGAUGAUGAGCGGCACCCUCCCCUCGCUGAAAUCCCACAACCCUUCCAACUCUUCCAACUCCAACGUGCCCAUGUCCAAUUCCGUGGGCUCCGGUCCGCCGCCCUUCACCUCGUCCACGGUGGAUCGGGAGAGAGGGAUGGGGACUCUGGACAGGCUGAAGGGGGACAGGGAGAGCAACUCCAACACCCUCAACAGGAAGACCACGCCUGUGUAGCGGGGGCGGGGGCGGGGCGGCCAUGUCAUAUUCACAAGAUGAGUAAUAAUAACAACAACAAGAACAAAACUAUUUUGAUAUUUUCACCUGCUAGAAAUGAUUUAUUUUGUUAAAGAUCAACAUGCAAACUAACCUUGGGGCUAUUACGCAAUAUUAGCGCUAAUUUAGCACAGCUUUGCUAGCGUCCGUUGUUGUUGGGAUUAUUCUUUGCGUCAUAACUAGGGAUGGGUGUCACCCUUUAUUCCCGUUAUCGAUUAUUAAAGUUGCUUUAAAAUGACUCGCUCGCCCAAGUGAGUCGGGUACUCAGUUCGAAUCACCGUAUUGCUGAGCUGUCUUCCUCGAGCAUCCAUCUGGCACUGAACCUUGAGUCUUCCUCAAGUACCCGUGAGUCAGUGAUACUCGAGUUUUUGUCUCGUACUUGUGAGUCACUGAAAGUCAAAUCUUCAGCAAGUAGCAUGCGUCUGUGAAAAUCAAGUCUUUGAGUACUGUGAGUACAAGUAUUCAUCGAGUACCCAUGAGUCAGUCAAACUCAAGUCUUUAUCGAGUACCCAUGAGUCAGUCAAACUCAAGUCUUUGAGUACCGUGACUCAGUCAAACUCAAGUCUUUAUCGAGUACCCAUGAGUCAGUCAAAUUCAAGUCUUUAUCGAGUACCCAUGAGUCAGUCAAACUCAAGUCUUUAUCAAGUACCCAUGAGUCAGUCAAACUCAAGUCAUUAUCAAGUACCCAUGAGUCAGUCAAACUCAAGUCUUUUUCAAGUACCCAUGAGUCAGUCAAACUCAAGUCUUUAUCGAGUACCCAUGAGUCAGUCAAACUCAAAUCUUUGAGUACCGUGACUCAGUCAAACUCAAGUCUUCAUCGAGUACCCAUGAGUCAGUCAAACUCAAGUCUUUGAGUACCGUGACUCAGUCAAACUCAAGUCUUUAUCGAGUACCCAUGAGUCAGUCAAACUCAAGUCUUUAUCAAGUACCCAUGAGUCAGUCAAACUCAAGUCUUUAUCGAGUACCCAUGAGUCAGUCAAACUCAAGUCUUUAUCGAGUACCCAUGAGUCAGUCAAACUCAAGUCUUUUUCAAGUACCCAUGAGUCCGUCAAACUCAAGUCUUUAUCGAGUACCCAUGAGUCAGUCAAACUCAAGUCUUUGAGUACCGUGACUCAGUCAAACUGUGACUGAGUGAAAUUGGAGUCUUCGUCAAGCGUCCAUGACUCAUGAGUCAUGGAUGGAGUCAUGAACAUGAGUCUUUGUCAAGUACCCGCGAGUCAAUGAAACUCUAUAGUCAUCAUCGAGUACUUGACUCCAAUAUCCAUGAAUUUCCAAGCUGUAGUAGAAGUCGAGCACUCGUGAGUUAGUCAACAUCUUAGUCUUCAUCGAGUACCUGAGAGUCAGGGAUACUCAGAUGUUGGUUGAGUACCCGUGAGUCAUUAAGACUCAUCAUCUCGGUGGCUUCAGUCAAGUGAGUCAAGACAAACACGAGUCUCAAAACUCGAGUUUUUGUCGAGCACCUGUGAGUCAUUGAACCUCGAGUCUGAAGAAGGUGGGCCGGUGGUCCGAAUCGAGCACCCGAGUCACGUCAAUGAAGACUUGAGUUUGACUGACUCGCAGUACUCGAGAAAGACUCCAAUUUUUGACAGGUUCAUGCUGAAGACUACAACAGUUUCACCGACUCACUUGAGUCCGUGAAAGCGGAUUCUUUGUUGAGUACCCGUGAGUCGGUGAUGCUUUACCCGUGAGGCAAUGAAACUCCAGUCUUGGAUGAGUACUCGUGAGUUAGUGAAACCCAAGUCUUUGUCGAGCAUCCAUGAGUUAGCGAACCUCGAGUCUUGGUCAGGUACAAGACAGUCAAUGAGCGUUUGUUGAGCACCCGUGAGAACAGCGAGACUCGUUGUUGAGUACCCGAGAGUCAGUUGAAUGAGAACCGGGAGUCAGUGAAAGUGAAAGUCUUUUCCGAUUGCCCUGAUUUAGUGAAAUUCCAAAAAACUCGACUCUUGGUCUUGAGUUGUUGGCUAAUACUUGUGAGUCUUUAUGAAUCUUGAGUUUGUUGAGUACCCGAGAGUCAGUGAAGUCAUGUGACAAAGAGUUCGGAUCUUAUGGGAAUAAAGUCAUGAUAUUUUCAGAAUUAUAUCACGAUAUGACGAGAAAAAAAAAUCAUUUUAAAAGGAUUAAAUAGUUAAAAAAAAUAUUUUUUGAAUAGUAGCAGAAACGGGAGAGAGCUGAAAUUUUUCAAAAGUAUGGCCAAAUUUUUAAGAGAAAAAAGCUAUUUUCUAAAAUUGCAAUUUUAUGAGAAUAACAUUGUAAUGUUAUGAGGAAAAAUAAAGUCGAGUUGAAAUAUUAUAGAAAAAUAUUUUUUUAAGUAAUAAAACAUUUUGGAAAACUGGGCUGGGGAAAAACAUUAAUACAAUAUAAAUAUUAAUAUAAUAUUAAAAGUCAUUAUGUCAUGAGAAGAGAGUUUACAAGACGGAUGAUCUUUGGAGUGGUAGCACUAGCAGAAAUGGGUGGGGAAGAUGUCAUUUUAUAAGAAUAUAGUUUAAAAAAAACUUAAAUAUUAAGAAAAAAUUGAUAUUCUAACAAAAAAAUAAUAAUAAAGACAAAAUAUUAAAGGGGACCUAUAAAUGUAGUUAGAAUGUUGUAUUCUCGUGUUAAACCAUGCCAAAAUUUCAGAAAAUGAGGUUUGUGCAUUUGGAAGUGAGCCCUGAAAGAAGAACAUUGGCUCCCUGUGACAUCACAGAGUGCCGGGAUUCCUUAUAUGGGCAUCCUGUUCCUGAGUUCUUGAUGCCCUACCAGCAAAAGAAAUGCGUUUAUUUUGUGUAAGUCGUGGAGCAAAAGUCACGGAGAACCCGUAAUGACCACAUUAGAUGUUACCGACAUAAUGCUAAAAUGCUAAAGCUAAUCACCAUUGAGAGAACUGUCUUCUCGAGAAACUUGGGACUAUCCGGUCUCUACUUCCACUGUACGUUAAAAGCCGACAUUUUACAAAGAUCAACUCCUAUAAAGUUGGGUUCGGCAGUUAUGCGGAAGUCCUCGUGAGCACUUGGGGGUGUGGCCAAUUACAGCGGAGUGAGCGGGCCGUGGGUGGAUCACGGACCGAAAUCCAAAGAAAUACAGCAGGAAUAGUUGCAGAUUCUGGAAGAUUUAGAAAGCUUUGUGCUGGUUAUUGCGUGUAGCUGCUCUAUAGGAGUCCACAGCUUAAUACAAAGGGACGGAAAAUUAGCAUAAUAUGUCCCCUUUAAGAAUAAAAGUUAUUAUCUAAGUGGGAAAUGUUGAAAAGUUGUAAUACGUACUAUGGAAAUGAAUAAAUAAUAACAGUAGAAAAUAUCCAUGCUUUCAUCUCAGCCAAAAUGGAGUGCAGUACUGGGCUGCAACCAGAGGAGGCGCUGUUUAGUACACCAGCAUUACUCAUAAAUACCCAUCUCUAGUUAUGGCCCACUCGUCGAGUCAACAUUUACGCUGACACGUUUACUGUCAUUUUUUUUUCCCCUCUGUGUGGACGAAGGACGAGCAUGAGUGUGCACAGUCAUUUUUUGGGGGGAGAAUUAUUUAUUUGAAUAAGCCCCCCGCCCCCCUUUUUUUGGUGUGAUGCUCAUUUUCACAUGUGAAUAUUGUAAAUCGUCUUCCAAUAAUGAGAGUAAUGCAACGCUAAUGUGAUGAGCGCGUAGGGGUGUGGGGGGGUAUAUGUUUGGGGGGGGGGGGGGCUGUGUCGGUCUUCUUUCCAUUGUGUAAAAAAAAAAAAAAAAAAAAGUAGUUCUUGUAGCUCUAGUCGUGUUGAAGAUGUUUGUUCUUGGGCAUUAACACACAAAAAAAAUGAUGAAAAUAAAACUUGUACAGAAAUUCAAGAUGAAAAAAAAAAAAAAAAAAAAUUCUAAAAAAUUGUGGGGCAAAAAAAAAAAUUAAAAAAAAAUUU